ACCAAUGAGUUCGUGAUGAGUAAUAUUGUAAUUUUACAGGGCAGUCGAGAUAACAUGAGCAUUGUAUUAGUCGUUUUCCCCGGUGCACCGACCCCAUCGCAGGAGGCUAUCCAAGCUGAGCAAGAACUUGAUGCGAUUAUCGAGAGGAGUAUUAAAGAAGUUGUCUCUAACGAAGGACAGGUUUCGUUCAUGCGGAUACUUGAACUGUUUGUCGGUAUGGGACUUGAAGGAUUACCACCCGGUGGCGGUUUAGCGGCGAAACGAGCACUAAUGGCAGAAAUAUAUAGAGAAUUAUGUCCAAAACAAGAUGAUUCUGAUUCCGAUGAGUGUAUGUAUUCGUAAGAUGCCGGAUUUACAAGCAGAAGGAAGAAAGGUUGAUACAAAUCAUUUUUUGCUGAUCUAUUAUUUAAUACACGCUCUCUGUAAGUUUUUUUGUGUAUUUUAUAAUGUGUGUGGUUAUUUAACUGGCCUAAUACUUUUUUUGUACCAAAGUUUUAAUAUUAGAAAAUCGUUUGUACAUUAAUGAUAGAAUUUAUGGCCAUUUUAAAGAUGAUUGUCUUGUUUUUUGUAUUUGAGUCUUUAAAAUUGCCAAGAAUGGAACGCUUUAUACAUACCUCCAGAAAAAUGAAAGACGUACAUUUUAAUAUUAGAAAUAUAUAGUUUUGUACGUACUUAUUAAGUUAUUUCAAUGUUAGUGGUUUUAUUUCAUUAAAAGUGCUACACCUACAAGUUUUAACUUAAGUUCAAAUUUAUCUAGACAAACAAAUAAGUUAUCAGUUUCAUAUCAUGUGGUUUAUUGAUAUUCAAUUUUAUCAUUUAGUAACUAAGAUAUAUUUUUCAACUGUUAGAAAAGAAUAUGUAAAAAGUGUGUAAUAAAUAAGAGAAGUUAGUACAUAAAUAAAU